AUGGGCAAGCUUAUAUCUAACAUAUAUGAUGACACGAUAUUUGCAUUGGCAGCACUUUUAGAUCACAUACCUCCAGAUGUUUUGGCUGCAGCAGUUAAUGUUUUUGUAGGUUUGCAUUUUCUUUUGGAAGCAUUGCCUAAUACUCAAGCUGUGCCAUGGGUGGCUAGUGGGUGGCGGUCGGGUGGCAAGGCAGUGGCCGGGUGGUGGCUCGGUGGUAGAGCAGUGGCCAGUCGGGGAAAAAAAAGUGCUCGGGGAGCGGAGCGGAGGGCGGCUGGAAGCGGCGAUGGGGGCCAGGGAGGAGGCCGGGGGCUGCAAGCGGCGGCGGGUCAGGCAGCUGGCAGCGCAGGGAGGCGACGACCGGUAGGAAAGCGGUGGCUGGGCGGCGGGAAGGCUAGGGAGCUGGGCGCCUGGCGGUGCAACGGGGCCAGGCUGGGCGGCGGCAACAGAGCCAGGCGGAGCGGUGGGGCCAGGCUAGGCGGUGCAUGGGGGACCGAGAUCUGCAUGGCCGGCGGGGGCCAGAGAAACAGCAGCGGUAGCCAGAGAAGGAUGGAGGGGCCGCCAAUAGGGGCUGUAGGGGCUGGACUGACAGUCAUAACAAUAUCAUGCUGCUGCUUCUGCUUAACCUCUUCUCCUGCAAUUGCAUGCCCCCUUCCUGAAAGAAAUCACCUCUUCAAUUUCAAGGCAGCCCUUGUAGAUGAGAAUAACACACUAAGUUCCUGGCACGGAUUCAAUUGCUGCAUGUGGAGUGGAGUCAGUUGUAACGUCCGCACUGGCCAUGUUUCUGGACUGGAUUUGAGUGGAUACUAUUUGAAAGGUAACAUCAGUUCAUUGGUGUUUCAAUUUGAACAGUUGCAACACCUCGAUCUCAGUGACAACCUCUUCAAAGGUAAUUUCAGUCCUCCCCAUUAUGAAAAGUUGAAGAGUCUCACUUUUCUUGACUUGUCAUCUGCUGGUUAUGUAAAUGAAUUCUUUGUGAAUUUGGAAAGCUUAUCAAAUCUGGCGAGGUUGGAAUACCUCUCUCUUGAUGGAGUGAAUAUAUCUGUAAGCAAAGAGUGGGGUGAAGCUGUUGGCAGACUAUCUAACCUUCAACAACUCCACAUGUUUUCCUGUGGGCUUGGAGGAACAAUUCCCAAUUCCCUUCUCAACCUUAGCACUCUCCUCCAUCUCAACCUUUCUUCCAACUAUUUGUCAGGGCAAAUACCAGCUUGGUUUGUAAAUGUGACAGUCCACCUGAUCUCACUUGAUCUCUCUAAGAAUGAGAAUCUAGGAGGAGACAUUUCUUUCAUUGGACAACAAAAGUCUUCCUCGUCCCUAACCAGCAUUGAUCUUUCACAUACAGCUGUGAAGGGCCACAUUCCAUCUGCUAUAGGGAAUAUCUCAUCCUUGGAGAGUCUUGCUCUUUCAUAUACCCACAUUGAAGGUGAGAUUCCUCUCUCCAUAGUCAAUCUCUCUAAACUUGUUUACUUGGAUCUGUUCAAUAACAAGUUAACAGGGAUAAUCCCACCUUCCUUGGGAUCACUUUCUUCCCUUUCUUAUCUUGACCUCGGUUACAACCUACUGAAUGGCACAUUUCCGUCCACACUUUCAGAUCUUGUUAACUUAAAAACCCUUUAUCUAGACUCCUCCAAUUUAAGAGGCUCCAUUUCCUUCUCUCUAUUUGAUAAUCUCACAAAACUUGAGUUACUGGUUCUUUCUUUCAAUCAAUUGACUGUGAGCAUUGAUUCAGACUGGAUUCCACCCUUCGAGAAGCUCUACUUUUUGGGACUAGGUUCUUGCAGCUUAGAUACAAUUCCAUCGUUUCUUGUGAACCAAUAUGAAUUGAAACAUCUCGACCUAUCCCUUAACAGUAUGACAACUAUUCCAUCCUGGAUAUGGAAAUUACCCAGUCUUGAUAAAUUGAACCUUAGUUGUAAUCAAUUAACAGGUUCACUACCGUCUAGCCUAACAUCCAGAGCUUAUUUGUAUCUGGAUUUGCACAAUAACAGCUUACAAGGUGCUCUUCCGCUUCCUCCUGCUGGUGUAAAAGUGCUGGACCUGUCGAUGAAUCAGUUCAAUGGUUCUAUUCCUACUGAUAUCGGUGCAUAUCUUCAAGAAACAGAUUUCUUAUCCUUGUCAAGUAACAAUCUCAGCGGAGCCAUUCCAGAUUCUGUCUGCACUUCAGAUUUGCAGGUUCUUGACCUCUCAAAUAAUAUGCUAAGUAGUAUGAUUCCUCCUCAUUUAACAAGGAAUUGCUCUUUUCUCAGAGUUUUAGAUCUGGCAGAAAAUAAUCUGGAAGGUAAAAUGCCAGCAGAAUGGGGAAACCUGAAAGAGAUUAAUACAUUGAAGCUUGCCGGUAAUCAGUUGAGAGGAGUUAUUCCCUCAUCCAUUGUAAAAUGUCAAUCUCUGCAAGUAUUGGAUUUGGGGAAUAAUAAUUUGGAAGGCACAAUCCCCCACUGGAUUGGGAACCUAUCACAACUGCACGUCCUUAUACUGAGGUCCAAUAAAUUUCAAGGUAGUGUUCCACCCCAGGUCAUUGACCUUCCAAAUCUACAAAUUCUGGACCUUUCUAGCAACCAUCUUUCAGGACCCAUUCCAAGCAACCUCACAAACUUGCUUGCAAUAGUCAAUGCAUCACAGAAUAAUCCAAAUCAUCUGGAACAACACACUUCAGAGAAAACUGUAUUUACAAUAAAUACGGUAUAUACAAAUAACAUUGCAAUUUCAUGGAAAGGUGGGCAUGCUGAGUUUCUGAAAGUUCUUUUCAUUCUUAAAUGUAUUGAUCUUUCAAACAACAAUUUAUCGGGGAGCAUUCCUCUCAAAAUGGGAUCCCUUCAAGGCUUGAUAACCCUUAAUCUUUCUAAGAAUCAUCUCAGUGGUCGAAUUUCAAAAACAUUAGGGGGCAUGGAUCAGCUAGAGUCUCUGGACCUCUCGCUAAACAGGUUGCAUGGUGAAAUUCCGUUAGAACUUCAGCUGCUGAGUUAUUUACAGUUCUUGAAUCUGUCUUACAAUAUGCUUGAUGGAAAAGUACCCCUUGGAGGGCAGUUUCUAACUUUUGGGGAGUCAUCCUACUUAGGCAAUCCUAAGCUAAGUGGAAUUCCUUUUAGCAACACAACAGUCUGCAACAACUCUUCUGGCUAUGACAACUGCACAAGCAUUGAUACAGGUGGUGAAGCAGAUAAUUCAGAUGCUGAUAUGAUAGGAUGGGCAGUCGGACUUGGAUUGAGUUAUGGUUUGGGGUUCUCUAUUGUGAUUGGAGUAUUGACUUUAAAUAAGAGGGUGAGAAAGAGAGCCUUCGAUUUGUAUGAUUCUAUAAUUUUAGCUGUUGAUCGAUCUAUAAGAGGGAAUAGAUGA